UUGGUCGAGAGUUCUGGCAUUUCGCCCGACUCGUGUCUCUCAGUGUAAACAGUCAGCGCAGUGGAUUUGCGUGCCAGCACACGAUUUUAGUCGUUCCCAUCCCUGCUAUUGAGGAAAACCAUGGAUAUGCCAACGGCCGUUUUCUCUAGGAAAAGAAACACCGCUUCGGGCCAAAAAAGGCAAAAUAAACCGUUGAUCGAGAAACGAAGGCGCGCCAGAAUCAACGACUGUCUUUCACAACUACAAACACUGGUACUCAAGGCCAAGAAAGUCGAGAGUCCAAGACCGGGCAAGUUGGAAAAAGCCGACAUUUUGGAGAUGACAGUGGACUACAUCAAGAAAAACAGAAAUCCGGCAACAGAGGCGAAUGGACAUGUUGAAAAACCGGAAGUGAAGGUUCAGUAUCUGUCCGGCUACGAACGCUGUAUACAGGAAGUGGUGCAAUUUCUAGACAAGCAGACGGACAUCACCGACGAGAUGAAGGAAAGGAUAUCAAAAUACUGCAGUACAAAACUGAGAGAAACUCAGAGACCGCGGGAACACGCGGAAUUUAAACCGGAAAAGAUGGAUGACGACAGUCAAGACAGCGACCAGUCAGAAUGCGACUCAGAUGCCGACACUUCCGGUAGGGAAACGGAGAAACCGGAAGUUCGAAAAAUAAACCAAACAACGGCAUAUGUUACGCCGCUUCAACAGACUACCAGUCAAGCCAGCACGACUACCAGUCAAGUUGUGCAAGGAAUUGGCGCUGUGGCAACGUCGGUGAACAGCGUAACGGGUCUUCAGAUUCCAGUCCAGCAAAGUACAGGACAGAUCAAACUUAUCUGCGGGGGUGAUAUCUGGAUACUUCUGGAUCCCAACAGUUCGGUGACCUCCGAAGCAAGCCCAGUUGUAAAGCAGACGACAUUGUCAACGUCGCAAGAUGUCGCUGUUGCGAAACCAGCCGAAACCGAGACUUUGUUUUCGUUCGGGAUUGCCAAUACAGUUCCACACAAUUUUUCCAUGCCUAUUUUACCGUUUCACGGAAUUACAACUUUGAGUAACACUAACCAGUGUUUUACACCUGGAAGACUGUGCGAAGUUGUACGACCACAGAACCACCCUAUUCUGUUACCCACACCAGCACCGUGUUUACCUGUUGUCAAUAAUGGACACCCGAGCGUUGACCAAGGUGCGUCGUCAAUAUGGCGGCCAUGGUAAAAUUACAAACCAAUAGAAAUGGUGCUUACAACGAACAUUAUGUGCUAUCUAUGUAUAUUGUGGUUUCUAUGGAUAAUCAUGUGCCUGUGUCUGUGAUAUAUUAUGCUAAUGACCACCAAGAAAAGAUAUAUUUUAAUUUACAAUAUGAAUAUGAAAUUAUGAAAUAUUUUAUGGUUUAUUUCAGAAAGUUUAGUUUUUAUACUUCGGCGAUCUUUAGAUGUGCAUAAUUUUACCAUAUCACAAUUAUCAGCAUCAUGGCAUAUGUACAUGCAUUUAUUUAAAUAAUAAGUAAUAUACAUUCCAUUUACUCAUAAUAUAUACAUGUAGUUUUAAUAUGCAUUUCAAUAUUUCAUAGAGUAUUUAUAUUUCCACGGUAUGCCACUACAUAAAUUCCUUUUGAGAAAUCCCUUAUUAACCCAUCUGUAAUUGGAUUUUUGUCUGUAAUUAAAUCAGAUAAAAUUACAAAGCGAAAAAAAAAAAUAAUGAGAAAUUCAAAAUAAUAAAAUGACAUUGUUUUUUUUCUGUACUGUGUAAUAGACUGUGAAAUAUUAAAAUAUUCCCUUAUGAACCCAUCUAUAAUUGGAUUUUCGUCUGUAAUUAAAUGAUAUAAAAAUACAGAACGAAAAACAGAAAUGCAAAGUUUAAAAUAAUAAUAAAAUUACAUUGGUUUUUUUUUGUACUGUGAAAUAGACAGUGAAAUUUUAAAUUAUUCCUUAUUAACCCAUCCAUAAUUGACUUUUUGUCUGUAAUUAAAUGAGAUAAAAAUACAAAGCGACAAAAAGGAAAUACGAAGUUUAAAAUAAUAAUAAAAUUACAUUGUGUUUUCCUUUGUACUGUGUAACAGACUGUGAAAUAUUAAAAUAUUCCCUUAUUAACCCAUCUAUAAUUGAAGAGUUCAGGCGCAAAACGCAAUAUAAACCAUUUUGUAUCUAGUUUUUAGUUAAAACCAUUAUUGUAUGUCAGUAAGGGCUAAUCGUAGGCCCGCUGUUUUGCUGCAAAACGUGAUUGAUC